CAACACUCUACUGUUAAUAUAAAAGAAAAUACAGUUGUUGAGAUACAUAUAACUGGGAACAGAAAUAAAGGCUUCGGCCAUUCCAGCAGCCAAAGAUACGAGACAAGACUAAAAGAUCCAUACAACAACAAAAACUGAUCUAAAGAAACUAUUACAAAAUGCCUGAGGAGAAAGUUGUGCCACCAGGAAUGGCAAAAGACAUCAUUAGUCGCGAUCCUGCUUCCAAGGAAGAAAUGGCUGAGAUUAUUGACAGACUUAACAAAACAACCACAGUCUCGAAAAGAGGAGGUGAAGACUAUAAAGACAAGGCUUGGGAUUAUCCAAAGACUCCUAACCUUGGGAGCAAGAUGUUACCAAUUAUCGAUGGAUUGGAUGACCGAUUCAAAGGUGGUUCUGUCAAUUCUAAGGAGACAUAUGAUGACAUUACUGGCCGAUUACAUACAACGAGAACAAAAGCAGCAUCGUUGAGAUAUGAUUAUCCACGGAUUUUGCUAUACCCCGAACGUACCACAUUAAUGAAUAAUACACAACGGAUCGUGGACUAUAACAAUUCUGGAGCUGUUGCCAAACAGAAGGAACUGGCAAGGAGAGAACGAUGGUACAACUAACUGUAUAAAUACUGUUUGCGUGUGAAAAUAUUACAAUUUCAGACAAAUAAUUGGACCUGGGAUUGACACGUGGAUGUUUGACUCUGAAUGGGGGUAGGAUAAAACAGUCCACCAUUUUUCAUUCAUUUCCUGAUUUUUAUUAAUGAUGCGAAUUACACGUUAUUCUCCCAGGGUGUCUUUGUUCUACUUCAUCUGGAAUUUUAAGUGACUGAUGAUGAGAAUGUGACACAGAUUUUACUUGUCCAUGAAAUGGGUAUGGAUACCAGAGUGGAUACUAGAGGAUAUGGAAGAUAUCCUGUAUCGUGUCAUUUAAAAAGGAUUAUCAUUUGUUGCAUCCAUGGCUUGCGAUGGAGAACGCAUUGGGACCUGUGGGCACAGCUUCAUUGGUUUACAUAAGAACAGAUAGAUUUUACCAUCAAUCAGCUAAUGCCAUGUAUCAUUUAUUUAGUUUAAGGGAAACUAAUAAAAUAGUACUAACAAAUCACUUAUUUGAUAGUUUUAAGUGUUAUACUGUCUUGGAU